UUUGUUUUGCAAGGCUCAGAAUGGGCAUCCUUUGCCAUUCUAUGUAAAGAGUGGAGGCGUGUAAUCAGCAAUCGCAAUACGAUACAAACAGUGAAUCGUGAAUCGAUCGAUAGUAUUAUUGUUGUUGAGGUUGAUGACCCAGAGGAGAUGCUUAGGCGAGCCGAGGCGGCCGCAAGCAAACACGGUGAGAAGACGGCCAGCCAGAAGAAAGCGGACAAGAACGCGGCCGCAGCGAGACGAAAGCGCGAAACAGCGGCUGCGCUCUCGAGUCAAGCGGCCAGGGAGAGGGACAGAGAGCAGCAGCUGAGGGUGGAGGUGUGCAGAGUGCACUGUGCAGUGGCAGUUGUAUGGCGUAUUGCAUUAGCUCUAUCAUUUGCACUCUAAGCGAAUAAAGAAAACAGACCAGAUGGUGAAGGUCGAUUCGGCGGAGGGCGUGGAGGUCGGGGUCGAGGUCGUGGCUUCGGAGCACGUGGAGGAGCUCGAGGUGGGGGAUACGGUGGUGGGCAGCCGGGCGAUCGCUCAAUGCAAGAUCAGGGAGGCGACUUCGGUGAUCGUUUCGGAGAGAGUGGCCGUGGGGGUGGCCGUGGAGGUCGUGGACGUGGAGGCAGAGGCGGUCGACCGUUGUGA